AUGGAUCGUACAGUGCCAAUUGAGCCUGUUGGCUCCAACAGCGGGUUCAGGGUCGUCGAAAUCCAACAGAGAGUCAAACGGCUUGACAAGCCGCAAUCGUUGAAGCACGACCCGCUUGACCAUGGCGUUGAUAAUCCCGAUAAGUCCUCUUCUUCAUCCUCUGAAGACGACUCGGACGACGACGAAGAGCCGCUGAUCACGAACAACACUCAAAUCCACAUCAACACCGGUUCCAGCGUCAAAACAGCGCCCGACCCGAGCGCGAAGAAGCCGGAAACAACAGCAGCGAACAAGAAACAAUUCAUCCGCGUUAAAUUAAACAACAAAUGGAGCAAGGAUCGGUGGGAGAUCACCGAUAAAGUGCCCAACGAAGGCGACGGGAUUCGCCACGCAGCUUCUGGUAAAGAUAUCAACGUCGUGAGAAGAGUUGAGUUGAAGCACGAAGUAGGCAAGAACUCGACGCCCAAGUCCCCCGAGUUGGUGAACAAAGCACCGGAAUUCGGGCCACCGAUGAAGCCUUCUACUAUCAGUUUGAUAACCAUUCUCGACGGCUUCGCGAAAGUCAAGGAGCAAAAUCACGGGCAAAUUGACGUUGACGGGGCGAAAUCAAAGUCGCCAGCUGGCGAGCCGCGGGAAGCACCUGAAAAAGUAAUCUCCAAAGUCGCAAGUCCAGUGAAAGAGCUCGAGGAAAAAGCGAAAGAUGAGAAUCAGGUUCCGAGAAAUCAAUUGCGCGAAGCUCAGCAACCCACUUCAUCUGCGGCUUCAGAAAAUUAUGAACCGAGGCCAAAACCUGAUAAGAAAAUUUUCGAUCAAAAACGUACAGUACCGGUGGCGGCACCAGUACGCGUUGAAAGUGACGAGCCAGUGCGCUCGAACGAGACGAUCUGCAAGAUUACGGAGUUCUUCGACUACGGCAAAAAGAUCAUGCUCACUAUGAUUGAAGAAGAAAGCAAGUCGAAGGACCAGCUAAUCAACGAUUUGAUAAACGAACUCAACAGUUUAAAAGAGGCAAAUGGCCUGGCGUUGAGUUUAAUGACGCCCGAGCAACGCGAAAAAUAUGACAAGGAACAAGCAAAACGAUCGAGGACGCGGCGGGUGCUGCGAGAAGAGCCCCACAAACGGGCAACCCCGAGUGAUCAUCGCCAGAACCCGCGACUAAACGGACAUCCGCAGAACCAAAUCGUGCAACAAGUGACAAGCGAGAACAAGCAUCAACAAAAAACAACAACGCAAAAGACGAAAGGCAACUCGAACAAGGCGCCUCUAAGCGCGCCGAACGGGAAUAAUGCAACUCAACUCCAGCAUCGAGGAUACAACGGUUUGCCACCGGCGCAACAGGGCGAGCUGCCGCAGACGAGCACGCAUGCUCACAUGGCGCCAGAUCCGAACCAGCAGUACACGCCAGUUACAGUUAAUCCAGCAAACUACGUCAGAAACAAUCUCGGCCAGUAUCAAUACAUUCAUCCGCAUCAUACAGUUCCUGUCCAGAGGCCGAAUCCACCGCAACAAGGCCAGCCGAAUAACCAUUACCACCAGCAAAACAACGGUCUGCACGGGCUGCACGUGAAUUUCUCCUCCAUGUCCUCGUCGCCGCACUUGUGGAAUGGGCCGACAAAAUAA